AUGCCGGCGUCGAAGAGGUGUUUCUCUACGGGGGCGCUCACGCAGAUCAGUGCCUCAAAAUGGAAAUCACCGUCCUCCCUGUUCAAAAGCUUCAUCUUCCUGAAAUCGACUUCUACUUCUGUUGGCGAUGUGAUGCGUGAUCUGGAUGGCAAACAUUUAAUAACUCGCGACUUCAUCAUUGUCAGCGGUGAUGUGGUCAGCAAUUACGCCAUUGAGGAGGCAUUGGCAAAGCACCGCGAGCGGCGACAGACAGACAAAAACGCCAUUAUGACCAUGAUUCUACGAGAAACGAAUGUUUCGCACAGGUCGAACCCGUCCAUAGCCCCGGUCUUUUUUAUUGACCCUACCAAGGACCGCUGUUUACAUUAUGAAGAGAUAGAAAGUCGCCCACGUAGAAGGUCUAACUCGUCUUCUCAUCCCAGAUCGUCUAAUUAUCUCUCUGUCGACCCGGAUAUGCUGAAGGAGUUUUCGGAAAUUGAUAUCCGGAGUGACCUGGUCGACACUUACAUCGAUAUCUGCACUCCGGAUGUCCUAAGUCUGUGGUCGGAUAGCUUUGAUUACCAGACGCCCCGAAAACAGUUUCUCUACGGCGUGCUCAAGGAUUACGAACUGAGUGGCAAAACUAUACAUACCCAUAUUAUCAAGGAUCAUUACGCGGCAAGAGUGCGGAACCUUAAGACAUAUGACUCCAUUUCCAAAGAUAUUGUGUCGAGAUAUACAUAUCCGCUCUGUCUGGAAACAAAUUUAGUCCCGGGCAAUACCUACAGCCUGAAACGGCGCAAUAUUUAUGAGGAACAAGGAGUCAGGUAUGCACCGUCAUGCGAUAUUGGCCCGAAAACAGUCAUCGGCCGAGGUACGAUUCUCGGGGAUCACACGGCUGUUACAAACACUGUCAUCGGACGACGAUGCCGCAUUGGCAAGAAUGUGGUUCUCGAGGGUGCGUAUCUCUGGGACGACGUGGUUGUUGGGGAUGGGACGGAGAUCCACCACGCCAUUGUGGCCAAUAAUGUGGUGGUUGCGGAUAAUUGCAGAAUCGAGAAUGGCGCGCUACUUUCAUAUGGAGUAAAAAUCGCAAAUGGCACCACGAUUCAUGAAGGGAUGAAAAUUACCCGAGCCGAGCGGGAACAAGGAUUUGUCCCAAGCGAUCCCAAAAUUGUUGGAGAGGGCGGAAUCGGAUACGAAUUCUCUCGCGAGGAAGACGAGGAUGACGAGAGCGAUGAUGAAAGCGUUGCAUCCUCUGGAUUAUUAUACAACAUAUCCGGCCUCUCCCUCUCCACCGAUUCAAUCUCCACCCUCUCCUCCGAGCUAUCGGACGAUGACUUUCCCCCGCUCCAUCGGGUCGACAGCCUCGGCCCGUCCCUCGACGACGAUGCCGACCGCUCCCACUUCCACCACGAUGCCGUCAACAGCGUCUACGACGGACUCUGCGAUGGCCUCAGCGCAGACGUCGUGCAGCUCGAACUGGUCGGACUGCGCAUGAGCGCCAACGCGUCCGAGCACCAAGUGCGCCACGCCGUCGUGACCGCCUUCAUCAAACGCAUCCAAGGCCUCAUGGACGCGCCAUCGCCGCUCAGCGCCAGCGACGCUGUCAAGCAGGUCCUCGGAAAGUACAAGGACAUACUCGACCGGAUUGUGUUUGACCGCGACGAGCCGGCGCGGAAGCCGGAUCAGGUUGAUUUACUGUUGUUGAUCCAGCAGGAGUUGGUGGAGAAGAGCCGCGGGGAGACUGUUUUGUUGUUUAUGGCUAAGGAGCUGUAUGAUUUGGAGACGGUAGAGGAGGAGGCGUUUGAGCAGUGGUGGGCGGAUGAGAGGGCGGUGGCGAACGAGGGAUUGAAGAAAGUGAGGAGGCUAGACAGGAGCCGUUUAUUGAGUGGCUUGCGAAUGCCGAUAGUGAGGAGAUGA